GCAACAUAAUCAAGGCGGACUACUCACAACGUGAGAAGCUACUCUUUUUGUGAGCGAGACACCCAGUGUGGCACAAUGGCAAAGAUUGAGAAAAUAUCUCCGGAGUUUUGUGAACCUACUCAGCCCAACCAGAUCCCUGAUUCGGAAUCCGAUUCCGAUCCAGAUGACCACUUAACGAAUGUGGACAGUGGACCGAGCUCUGGGUCUGUUCGCCACACGCAGGUCAUUCAUAGCGGACACUUUAUGGUGUCCUCACCGCACAGCGAUUCAACCCCACGCAGACGGAAAAGCGGGGCCAUGGCGAGUUAUGACUUUGACAGUGUAAACAAGCCGGAUUGUCAGACUUACAAAUUUGGUCCUCUGAGUUCUGGAAGUUUAAGUAUUGAUCCAACGCUGACACGAUUGUUUGAAUGCAUGACACUAGCGUACAGUGGGAAGAUUGUGUCUCCGAAGUGGAAGUCCUUCAAAGGCCUCCGACUGCUGUGGAGGGAUAAGAUUCGUCUGAAUAAUGGAAUCUGGAGGGCGUGGUUCAUUCAGUAUGUGGAGAAAAGGAAAAGUCCGUUUUGUGGGUUUAUCACUCCUCUGGAGGGCUCAGAGGCGGAUGCACAUCACAAACCCGAGGCGAUUGUUCUUGAGGGGAGCUACUGGAAACGCAGGAUUGAAGUAGUGAUAAAAGAGUACCACAAGUGGAGGAUCUACUAUAAGAAGAGACUUCAGAAGAAUAAGGAUCUUCUGUCGAUGCUGCAGAAGAGGCCUGUUUGUGGCGUGGGGCUGGAGAAAUGGUCGAACCAGGUCUACGAGGUCCAAGAUCCCACACCAGAGGAGGCUCACAUGUUUGACCUGGACUGUUUCCUGUCAGACAUCUCAGACACACUCUUCACCAUGACUCAGAAGCCGUGUUCGUGGAGCGGCGAACGCCACAACACCUACACUAGUAAUGCAGACAUGAUCCAGCCUGGUCUGACCCCACUGCAGCCCAACCUGGAUGAUUUUAUGGACAUCCCAGACAUCUUCUCCAGUUAUCUCAGCGGGCAGUCGGUGGAGCAGACGGGCUUUACGGACUCCGGUUGGUUUGAAAGUCCGUCCACCGGGCCGUACCCCUCUACCGCUGGAGUUACAGCACCCCUAAUACACACCGGUCCUCAGGUCACACAGCCUGGUCUUCUAGCAGACAGUCUAUCUCAGCCCACCACAUCAGAUGCGUUACCCGGCCCAGACUAUCACCAUCGGCAGCCCCUGACCCCCGAGUUGACCUUUAACCCCAGUGGCAUGACCUCAGAACCAAAGUUCAAAGGUCAUCAGGAGUACAGCCCGCACAGCGAAUUCCAGCAUCAUCUUGUUUUGGGUUCUGGGGUAACCCCGUACGCUCAACAAUCUUACAGCAACCCUGACGUUGCCAUGGCAUCUUCAAACAUGGGCGCGGUGCCCCAAGGAAACCCGUAUCUCUAUCAAACAUCCUGUCACAAGUACAGAUCCAGCCCAGUCUCAGGGACCAGCAGCACUGGCAUGCCCCCCUCAGUGAUCACACACACGGGCUCAGCCAUCAGCGUCCUCCCCCACGAGCCCCAGACCCAAGGGUACCCCAGCGUCGACGACCUGUACCCCCCGACUACGUGCAUCUCCCUGGGCUACCCUGCAGUGACCGCUCCCCCCUCCCAGUCGACGCUGCCCUCCCCCAGUCUGCCCCACUGCUUCUCGGUUCCACAGCAGACGGGCGUCGCCGCGGGGAGGGGAAAACACAAACAGAAGAUGGGCGGGGCGGGUAGCAGGCCGGGGGCCACGCCCACCCCGUCCGCGAUGCCCCAGCCGACCAGCUGCUUGGCCAAACUGCUGUCCUCCAGUGCACAAGAGCGAAAACCAUCUCUGGGAUUCGAUCCCCCAUUAGCAGGAAUGAAAGAUCACAGACCGACUUCUCCCAUCUCACCAUCCAGCAGCGGCGUGGCGGUGGGCCCAGGCGGGUCACAGAUGUCUCUGGGGGUGCCUUGGCCGUCCCCGGGGGUGCCCUCGCUCACGCCCGCCGGCUCCCAGACGUCUCUGCUCGCUCACUCAGGACCCCACGCCGGCACGUCCCGAGAUUCGGCUGUGUCCGCCCUCCUCUCCCAGAACACCCCACUCCUCGUCCCCAAAACAGAGAAACUCUCCCCCGUGCAGAUCUACGGAACAGAGAAAAACGCGUUAAAAGUGAGUUUUUCCGAAAGCUCAGGACAAACGUCUCCCACGAACCCCUCAGAGAGGAAGAGCUCCAAACCAGAUUCUCCUCAUUCACUGCUCGGACAAGCCAAGACAGAGCCUCACAGAACAGAUACCAGGAGAAUCACUCAUAUUUCUGCAGAGCAGAAACGAAGGUUCAACAUCAAACUGGGCUUUGACACGUUGCACAGUCUGGUGACCACACUAAGCUCUCAACCCAGUGUAAAGAUCAGUAAGGCCACCACACUACAGAAGACAGUGGAGUACAUCAGUAAGAUGCAGCAGGAGAGAGCUCAGCUACAGGAAGAGGCUCAGAGACUCAGAGAUGAGAUCCUCAUGCUCAAUUCUGCCAUCAAUGUGUGUCAACAGCAGUUGCCUGCGACAGGUGUACCAAUCACCCGCCAGCGUUUUGACCACAUGAGAGAGCGGUUCAGAGAGUACGUUAGAGCCCAGACCCUACAGAACUGGAAGUUCUGGAUCUUCAGCGUUAUUAUGGAGCCUCUGUUUGAGUCGUAUAAUGGUAUGGUGUCCACAGCCAGUGUGGAGGAUCUGUGUCGUACCACUCUCUCCUGGCUGGAACAGCACUGCUCUCUACCAGCGCUCAGACCCAUGGUUCUGAGUUCACUCCGUCUUUUAUGUACCUCCACCUCCAUCCUGACAGAUCCCAGUCUGGUUCCUGAACAGGCCACCCAGGCUGUUACUCAAAGCGUGGCACAGCACAGCUAUACCCAGUGACUUUGACCUUUGACCUCUGACAACC